CCAUUCCUCAGCUUCUUUGCAUCCUUAUCUGAAUUGGGUUCUUAAUUUUCUAUAUGGGAUUUCAGUUUCUUCAAUCUAAAUUCUGUAGCUUCAAUCGUUGUAUGAAAAUUGGAGGGCUAUUUAUUUUUAUUUUUUAUUCUUAUUUUUGGGGUUAAUUGAAGUUGAAUUCUUUAAAGUUUAAUCUAAAAAGCUUCAAUCCUUUUGUGCUUUUAUUGUUUGACUUGCAAUGAGAACCUUACAAUACAAGCUAACCCUUAGCUUUACACGAGUGAUAUUCCAGUACAUUCCGUCACUUUCCAGGAAUUUUUUGGGGAAAUGUUCAUCGAAAAAAGAAACUUUUUAGUGCAUCUUGAUGAUUUUAUUAUAACAAUUCAUGGAAUACCACCAAAGAGUAAUUUAAUGCAUUGGACAGCGUGCGUAUGAAUCAGUUAACAUCUAGUUGUACUGUUCAAUUGGUAGCUGCCUUGGCAGAUUCAAAUGGGUAAGCUGUAAGCAUGGGUAUAUGUUCAUCAGAUGCUAGGACUUUCAGCUUCCAUCAUAUGUGUAAAUGUGGGGUUGAUGUUAGGGAGGGACCACUGAGUAUUAUGGACCUCAGUAUCAUAAGAUAGGUCAGAGGUGCAUCAAGAAGAUAAUAUAUGUAGUUGUCCCAUUGUGACAUUUUCUCUUUAUCUCAAGUACUCUCCUUUCUGCACAACAAAAUUGAGUGCAAUGGCAUUAUCUUUUUAUAGUUAUUGAAGUGAGGAAUGGUGAUUUCUAGAAACCGAAACUUACCUUUUUAUAGUUGCCUGCUCAAAUUUUAUUUAUAGGUCAUCGCUCUAGCCUUUUGCACUCUUGCGUCCAGUUUUCCAGAUUGACUAGCAUUCGACGAGAUGUAUCCUGGUGGUUACACAGCUGAAGUUACUUGCUUAUCUCCUAGAGCAACAGUAGAGGAUGUAUAUGAUUUUUUUUCCCACUGUGGUCCAAUUGAGCAUGUUGAAAUCAUCAGGUCUGGUGAGUAUGGUUCCACUGCAUAUGUAACAUUUAGAGGUGCCUAUGCUCUUGAAACUGCCAUCCUGCUGAGUGGAGCUACAAUUGUGGAUCAACGCAUAUGCAUUACACGUUGGGGGACUUACAACAUGGAUGAAUCUGAUCCUUGGAAUUCAUGGAAGGUUGAAAAUAGUGUUGGCUCAACGGGAAUUCACGUGAACCACUAUGCUUCAUCCCCUGGAGAAGCAGUGACUGUGGCUCAGGAAGUUGUCAAGACAAUGCUAGCCAAAGGCUACGUUUUAGGAAAGGACGCACUGAUCAAAGCCAAAGCUUUUGAUGAAUCUCAUCAUGUCUCAGCUACUGCAGCAGCCAAAGUAGCUGAACUUAGCAACAGAAUUGGGCUCACAGACAAGAUACAAGCAGGCAUGGAAACAGUGAGAUCAGUGGACCAGAAGUACCAUGUAACAGACAUCACAGCAUCAGCUGUGUUAGUUACAGGAACAGCAGCUGUUGUUGCUGCUAGUUAUACAGGGAAGGCAGCUGUAGCAGCUGCUAAUGCUGUAGUGAACAGCAGUUACUUUGCCAGGGGAGCCCUUUGGGUUUCUGACGUUUUGACUCGUGCAGCACAAGCUGUUGCUGAUUUUGGGAAUAGUGAAUAAGUGGGACGAAUUGGCCAAAUGUUAAAUGUUGUUUUGAUCAAUCCUGGUGUACAAAUAAAGAAUCUUCUGUUUAUAUGAGCCCAGAGGUUGUUUUUGGACUUUGUUAAA